AUGAACGGACAUAUACUGCUCUACUCCGGGGUCUCCCUGGCCUUCUGGGCGACACUCAUCAUCGUAGGAACCUGCUACACGAUAUUCGAUCUGGGAUUUCGCUUUGACGUAGCAUGGUUCCUGACCGAGACCUCACCGUACAUGUGGGCGAACCUUGGCAUCGGCUUGGCCAUCUCGCUGUCUGUGGUGGGAGCAGCCUGGGGUAUUUACAUCACUGGCUCCAGCAUCCUGGGCGGAGGGGUGAAGGCUCCACGUAUUAAAACCAAGAACCUGGUCAGCAUCAUCUUCUGCGAAGCCGUGGCCAUCUACGGAAUCAUCAUGGCCAUUGUAAUCAGCAACAUGGCCGAGCGUUUCUCAGGAAACACUCCGGAGACCAUCGGGAGAAACAACUACCAUGCAGGGUUCUCCAUGUUUGGGGCCGGCCUCACCGUGGGCUUUUCUAACCUGUUCUGCGGGAUCUGUGUCGGGAUCGUUGGCAGUGGCGCAGCGCUGGCCGACGCUCAGAACGGCAGCCUUUUCGUGAAGAUUCUGAUUGUAGAAAUUUUCGGCAGCGCCAUCGGCCUGUUCGGGGUUAUUGUGGCCAUUCUGCAGACCUCUAAAGUAAAGAUGGGGGAUUGA